UCUAUUUUUCUUCAAAAGGACCAUCCAUUUCUACUUCCUAACAAGCUAUACUAGCCCAUUAUUAGCUCUUUAUUUUCUUAUAAUUGCACAAACAUAGUGUACAAGAUUUUCUUUAAGAAUCUUGAGUAGUUCCAUUCCUUCUUUAUUUCUUCUUCUUGAUCUUCUACAUUAAUUUUUCUCUCUUCCCCUUAAAGUUAAGGCUAAAAAAUAUUAGGAUUAAUAUCUUCUUCUUUUGUUAGUCUUGAUUCUAUUUUUCUUAAAUACUCCCAAUACCAUUUUCUCCAAUAUGUCUAACAACCCUUUCUAUCAUGAUUACAUGGGAACUGAAGGGAUCAAUACAUUUCCUUUCUUUGGUGAAAAUUCCUCAAAUUAUAACCAUCCACCUCCUAAUCAUAUUCAAAAUCCACAUCAACAAUUUGUUCCUUCUUCUUAUAUGACUCUUACUGAGUGUUUACAUAGUUCUAUGGACUAUAACACUUUAUCAAGUGCUUUUGGCAUGUCUUGUUCAUCCUCUGAAGUUGUUUGUCCACAAAUUGAUCGUCAAGACUACUCUUCUAGGAAAAGUAGUGUCGUCUCUCCUGCAGAACUCGUCUUAGAUUCGCCUCUGGAAGGAACUAGUGUUGAAAUUCCACCAACAACAAAUUCUUCGAUUUCUUCUACCUCUAAUGAGGCUGGAGGGGAAGAAGAUUCUUCCAAAAGCAAGAAACUUAUGCAAGGAAAAGGGUGUCAAGAAGAAGGAGAUGGCAUGUCUAAGAAAGAGAGCAAAGCAAAAACGAAAGGAGAAAAGAAGCCAAAAGAACCAAGAUUCGCCUUCAUGACCAAAAGUGAGAUUGAUAAUCUUGAAGAUGGUUAUAGAUGGCGAAAAUAUGGACAGAAAGCAGUGAAGAACAGCCCUUUCCCAAGGAAUUAUUACAGAUGCACGACUCAAAAAUGCAAUGUGAAGAAACGUGUGGAAAGAUCAUACGAAGAUCCAUCAAUCGUAAUCACUACAUACGAAGGCCAACACAACCAUCAUUGUCCAGCAACUCUUAGAGGCAAUGCAGCUUCAAUGUUGUCACCUUCAUUCUUAUCCUCAUCACAGUUAAUGCCAAAUUUUCCUCCAGAAAUCUUUGCCCAAAUGCUUAAUCCCACAAGCAACCAAAAUCUCCUCAUUAAUUCUCCCUAUAAUUAUCAUCAACACCAAGGUCAAGAAUAUGGCUCAUGGUUCCCUAAACCAGAGCCAUCCUAGUCACAGAGGUGGAUCCAGAAUUUUAAUGCUAUGGUUUCAGGACUCGGGUUCCGACCAUAGAACGAGCCCAUUACCUAGCGUGAGUUAUGGCCCUUAUGGGUUCAUAGUUCAAUAGUUUCAGCAAUUUCAGAAGUUUUACACAGAAAAUUCUAGGUCUAGACUAAAAGUUAUGGGUUCAUCUACGCUACUAGAUCCGUCCCUAUCCCUGCCUAGUCUAUUUCUUUCCUGGAUACUGCAUUUAAUUUGUUUUAAUGUUGUGCAAGUGGGGAAGUACUAAAGGAAGAAUGCAUUAGAUUGGGAAUUCAGUGCAAAUCCUUGACAAUGGAUUUAAAGUAUACACACUUGCAAUUUAUAUAAUUUGAAUUUAUUAGUA